AAUUAUGUUUAUGUUUGCUCCUAUAUUGGACAAGAGAGUAUUUAAAAUCCUUGGAUGCCAAUAAUGGUUUACCAAGUGUGUGGCCAAAGGCCCAAAACACAACAAAGCACCUUCACAGGUUAUGAAGGAAACUCAUCACAGGAUUCACAUCCUACCUCUCAAUAAAGUUUCACGGAUUUCCUCAUUCUCAGGCUUUUUUCGUUCCUCCUCCUAGGCUCCUAUUUCAUCAAUUUUUCAAGAACAACAAAAACAAAAGAAUUUAAAAAUAAAGAUAAAUAAAACACAAAACCCAAUCAUCAGAUCAUAUCAUCAUCAUCACCGUUUCCGAACAAUAAUUCGCCAAUGAAAAAUCAAUGUCUUUCGCGAUACGAACACUGGUCUUCUUCAUAUGCGUUUUCCUGAUCACAAUGCCGGCGACCAUAUCGGUCUCUGACGAGGAGGUGUUGUUGAGAGUUAAAAAAUCCCUGAAAAACGCCGCAGCUCUGGCUUCUUGGAAGGCCGGGACAGACCCCUGCGACAUGAAGAAUCAAUGGGCCGGCGUCGUCUGCACAAAUAACAUCGUCACCGGCCUCCGUCUCGGCGGGAUGGGACUUUCCGGCGAAAUCGACGUACAAGCGUUGUCCCAAAUCCCCGGACUCAGAACUCUGUCUCUCAUCCACAAUUCCUUUGCCGGUCCGAUCCCGGAGUUCAACCAAAUCGGCGCCCUCAAGGCUCUUUACAUCUCGAGAAACCAGUUUUCCGGCAACAUCCCCUCCGACUUCUUUACCAAAAUGGGAUCCAUGAAGAAAGUCUGGCUCUCCGACAACAAGUUCACCGGCCCAAUCCCUUCUUCCCUUGCUGGGUUACCCAGGAUUUUAGAAAUACACCUGGAAAACAACCGGUUCUCCGGCGAAAUCCCGGAGUUUAAACAGAAAACGUUGGUAUCAUUAGACUUCUCCAACAAUAAUCUCCAAGGAGAAAUCCCUGCUGGCUUAUCGUCAAGGUUCAACAGUUCUUCCUUCAAAGGGAAUCCCGGACUUUGCAGCAUACAAGUAUUGGGCAAGCCUUGCCAAGAUAUGGUUUCGAGCGGCAGAACAAAUGAUGACGUCACUCAGAUGGUCGGAAAAUCAAGAAACAAUAAGAUCUCAUCGGCACCGGCAGCCACAAACGACGGCAGAUCGAACAACAACAUCUCAUCACCCGGAAAAGAGACGACGGCUGUAGCCCCCGACGUCGAUGAAGGUAAGGCAAAAAAUGUCUCGAUCGGAAUGAUGGCGGCCUCCGGCAUUAUACUUGCGCUAAUGCUCAUAGGGAUAGCCAUCUUGAAGCGGAGGCAGGAGACGCUUGAAAUGAUGAUGAUUCCAGAGGACCCAUCGGUGAUGAGCGGCGGCGGGGAGCUAAGCGGCCGGAGAAGCGGAAGCUCUGUUCGAAUAAUUUCGGGCAGUGACCGACGAGGAGGGAAGGGAGGAGUUGGGGAACUAGUAAUGGUGAAUGAUGAGAAAGGUGCGUUUGGGUUGCCGGAUUUGAUGACAGCGGCGGCGGAGGUGAUGGGAGAUGGGACGAUGGGGUCAUCUUAUAAGGCCACGAUGACCAACGGCACGGCGGUGGUGGUGAGGAGAGUGAAAGAAAUGAACGGCGUGGGAUUAGAGGACUUUGAUCUUGAGCUUCGGCGACUAGGCGGGUUAAGGCACAAGAAUAUCUUAACCCCAUUGGCUUAUUAUUAUCGCAAGGAAGAGAAACUUUUGGUCUAUGAAUUCAUGCCCAAAGGCAGCUUACUUUAUGUACUCCAUGGUGAUCGAGGGACUACCCAUUCAGAGUUAAAUUGGCAAACUCGACUGAACAUUGUAUCAGGAAUUGCUCAAGGAUUGGGUUUUCUCCAUGAAGAGCUACAUUCAUACCAAGUACCACAUGGAGAUCUGCAAUCCAGCAAUAUUCUUUUGACCCAAGACUACGAGCCGCGCCUCUCCAAUUACGGCUAUGUUUCGCUGAUAAACACCGCCAACGCCGCCGAAUCACUCAUGGCUUUCCGGUCCCCAGAAGCUCUCCAGUUCAAUCAGGUGUCUCCCAAAUCCGACGUCUAUUGCCUUGGCAUAGUAAUUCUCGAAGUCGUCACCGGCAAAUUCCCGUCGGAGUAUUUGAACAACGGGAACGGCGGUACUGACGUGGUGCAGUGGGUGAAAUCGGCCAUAGCCGAUGGAAGAGAAGACGAGGUCUUAGAUCCGGAGAUUGCGGCCGACUCGAGAUGCUCGACGGAGCAAAUGCGGCGGCUCCUGCACGUCGGCGAGGCUUGCGCGGAAAGUAAUCCAGACCGGCGGCUUGAUCUUAGAGAAGCGAUUAGGAGGAUAGAGGAAAUCAUAAACGGCGCCGAUGGAGGAGUGGGGCCCGAUCCGAGAUCUGCCUACGAUAUGCCGUCGCUGCGAGAUGGAUAUGCUCAUCAAGUUGAAGAAGGUCGCGGUGUCGGCGCCGUUACCGACGACGGGAAGUCACUGCAGUAGACCUUGCUCUGUUCUGGGUGGGACCAAGUUGUCAGAUUUUUGUUCUUUUUGUCCUGAAAAGGAAAACAAACGGAGAAAUAGUUUAUUUUUAAAGUGAAACUAAUUAGUUCUGUAUACGUAUUUACUACUCCGUAAUUCCGUAUGUAUGUAUGUAUGAGUAGGAUUAGGUUAUUACAGUACAAAAGAGUACGCAGAAUCAUGUAAAUGUAAUUAGUGAAGAUUCUAAUCCACAAGUCCGUAAACACAUAAUACUGGCAACCUGCAAGCACCAAACAACCCUUAUCGAAACUACAUG